UAUUUAUUUGUAAUCUAAAGCUUCGAGGAUCAGGAAGCAUCAAGCAAUCCAUUUUGAUUAUUAUUUGAAAAUUAAAAUGGUAGAUUCAAUUAAUUUUUCACCGAAUGAACAAGAUGAAGGCGAAAUUGAUCCUAUUUUUGAUAUUAUCGAUUACUUGGUAAGGUGUGCAAACAUUUCUUUUAAAAAUUCUCAACUGAACAAAGAGGAAAUACGGACAAGUGAAAAAAUUCAAGCAGCAUAUAACCUGUAUACUCAGUCACCUACUCAGUUUUUAUUACAAUUUGGGAAGUAUUUGUCGCCGAACCAUAUACAAUAUUUUGAAACUACUCAAAGUAACAACGCUAAUAAGGACUUUAAAAAAUGUAUAGAGCAGCUGAAAGUAUAUCAUUCAGAUGAUUGCAAAAAUAAAAGAGUACGAAACAGACGAUACAAAGCCAUGCAGAAGAUGCAAAAUGACACAGAUUAUUUUAGUGAAAAACAAAUGAUGUAUCGCAAUCCAUUAUUGUAUGAACAGCUUGUAGGCCAGUAUCUGACUGAUGAAGAAGUGAGGGAGCGAGAUGGUGUAAAUAGUGAAAACUUUACUUUUCUAAGUAUGAUAUUAGAAACCGUUGAUAGAAAUGAAAUGAGGGAAACAAAAAAUAUACAAAUGCUUAUUGAAGAUGAGAAAUCAUCAACAGAAACUGUACAGGAUGCAUGUGAUACAGAUGAUGGCGCAUGCAGUAAAGGAAAGCAAUGGGGAGAUUUUGACAUCCCAGACACCAAGCCCAACUACAUGCCCGAAACUCAAAAGCAAGCUAUGUUAUGUGCUAAUGAAAGAAAUCUCUUAAGGGAAGAGUUUCUGCAAGAAAUGUAUAGCAGUUUUAUUGAAGGCAGAGAUAUAGAUUUUGAUUACAACAGUGUUGACAACAAUGAAGAGUAUGAUGAUUUGCACCAAAUCUCUCAAGAUGCUGAAGACAAAUAUUUUGACUCUGAAGAUAAUGAUGCAGAAACGUUAGAGGAGCAUAUGCAACAUGUACAAGAAUACGGAAGAAAGAAUUCUAAUGCUAGUUUAAGUGACCCCUUAGAUGUGUUUAUGGAACAUAUUUCAAAUAAACUUCAACAAGUGUGACUAUUA